CUCAUGUCUCGAUGCUGUUCAUCAAUGAGAGCAGCUUUGCUCUUCGUCCUGUUCACCCUGCUGGUUUGACCCCUGAACACUCGGCUUCAGGUUCAGGUGUUAAAAACCUGCAAGUCACUAAGGAUUUCUCAGGAGUGCAAACCUGUGUUUUUACAUGAAAGCACAGUGCACGUGAUUGUGUGCGUCCAUCUAACGGCCAUUCAGUACAGCUCAUAAUGUAUUUGCAACAUCAGAAAACAUUAAUGCAAUAAUCUGACAUGAGGAAAUCCUCCGCCUCUGUGAACUAGAAUCCUCCCCGUCUUCACAGUGUGGUUUUGUAAAACAGGCACGCUGCUCAGGACAGCACUCAGUGUAAUCCUGCUACUGCGACAUAAAGUUUCCAUGAAAUAAGCAUUAAAAGUGUGUAAAAUUUCCCAUCAGGCCGCAUCAUGCCAAUCUGGACUUCCUGUAGAGGAGCUGCUCUCCAGGGACGCCAGUCAAUUUAACCGUGUUAAAUAAAGGCCUGCAGGGUUUUUUCCAGAUAUGUCACAGCCAAUGAAAUGUGAUAAUGGCCACUAACUCGGGACUGGGGACCUUAUCCUCAUCAUGCAGUGUGUGGUCUGUUAGCUCCCAGUCUGGGGCCUGAAGAUCACCUCGGUGUGAGGCUUUCCACAGAACUGAUGUUCACAGAAAGGAGAAACAGUGAAGAGAAUACGAGAAGAGAGCAGUGCGAGGAUCAACAUCUCUGAGGGCUCCUGUCCAGAGAGGAUCAUCACCAUCACAGGACAGACAGACUGUGUGUUUAGAGCUUUCACCAUGAUCACAUUCAAGCUGGAGGAGGACCUGGCAGCCCUUGUAGCCAAUGGCACGGUGACCAGCAAGCCUCCAGUCACCUUGAGGUUAGUCAUCCCGGCCAGCCAGUGUGGCUCUCUCAUCGGCAAGGGCGGCUCAAAGAUCAAGGAGAUCAGAGAGACGACAGGUGCCCAGGUGCAGGUGGCAGGUGACCUCCUUCCCAACUCCACAGAGAGAGAAGUGACGAUAUCAGGCAGCCAUGACGCCAUCAUCCAGUGUGUUAAACUCAUCUGCACUGUGAUUCUCGAGUCUCCGCCAAAGGGAGCGACUAUUCCAUACCGACCCAGCUCGACCCCAGGAGCUGUGUUGCUAGCAGGAAACCAGGUGUUCGAGGCGUCAGACUUUGGCUCUCACCCCCUGUUCUCAGUGGCACAGGGAGGAGUGGACCUGCAGCAAACCUAUGCAGUACAAAGUCACUACGGUGUUCCACCCUCAGAGGUAGCAAAGCUCCACCAGCUGUCAAUGCAGCAGCAGGGCCUGGCCCCCAUCAGCCAGUCAGCCGCAUCGGUUCUCCCUGGAGGAGUAGAUGCUUCUUCUCCAACCACGUCUCAGGAGCUCCUCAUUCCAAACGAUCUGAUUGGCUCAAUCAUCGGUCGCCAGGGCACCAAGAUUAAUGAAAUCCGGCAUGUAUCAGGGGCUCAGAUCAAGAUCGGCAGUCAGAUCGACAGCACCAGUGACCGUCAUGUCACCAUCACGGGCACCCCGAUAGCCAUCAACCUGGCUCAGUACCUCAUCACUUCAUGUUUAGAGACCGCCAAAUCCACUGCCCAGUCCUCCUCCAUGCCGUCUCCCGUUGACCUGACCAUGAGCUUCACCCAGUCUGCCCCCCCUGCCUCCGCCUCGUCCUCCUCCUCCUCCUCCUCCUCCUCACCCCUGGCAGCAAUGGGCGCUGCACUGCCCCACGCUCCCAUUCUGGGUGCUCCCUACGCCCUCCCCCUCUCCAGCCUCCUUGGGAUGAAAUCCAUCCCUUACCUGGCACUCUCCACCCCUCCUGCCUCAGCAGCGGUGGCGGCGGCGGCAGCGGCUGCUAUCGGGGCUCCUGUGUUACCUGCUUCGAUGCAGACAGCAGCGACGGCAGCCGUUCCCGUGCAGGCUCAUGCGGCAGCGGCCCUGGCAUCCUACACUGCCAAGAUUUCCUCCUCAGCCAAUGGAUUGAAGAAGCCGGAGAGACAGAAGUUUGCACCGUACUGAUGAACGGUAGAAUGACGGGAUGAGGCCAGUUUUAGAUGGAAGGGCAGUUUUAUUUUCCUUCUUUUACUCUCUCUCUCUGUUCUUACUUUCUCUUUCUCUCCAAUUCUUAUUCCAUUCUUUUUCAUCACUCAAGUGGGAUCAUUGGAGCAUUUGGACCAUAAUUUAACUAAAGAGUUUGGUCUAGCCCU